AUGCCAUUGCUAAGACGAUCGAACAGCUUCAGUACUGAAGCAGUAGGAGGAACUCAAGGUGACCCCAAACACUCGUAUGAAGAGCCAGCUAGGGAAAACCCACUCAGGUUUGUUUUGUUGAACUUGGCCGUAAUUGCGGCUUGUUUCUUGGACGCUUUGAACUUGGACCUUUUCAUUUUUCUUUUUUUCUGGCUUCAAAGCUUCUCGUACCAUUUGCCGAGGAAUCUUAUCCUCCAGCGGAGACUCUCAGAGACUGUACUUUUUGCGAACUUGAGAACUCAAAAGCUAGCCACUUCUUUCUCUUCUUUGUACUGUUCGCUUUGCCUGUUGCUUAAUGCACAUCUGCAACGUUCCUUAAUUUUGUGGGGCUCACCUCAACAACGGCCCAGAUGCCAUUUCGUAAUAUUUAUUGUUUCAAUUGAAGGGUUUGUUUACGUAGGUCCAGUGCAAUUUCCAACAAGACGCCAAGGGCCAGGUCCCCUCGUCACUAAUGCUAAAAGCCUACCUUUCGUCUUAUUUUGCUUGGUGUAUUUUUCGUCUUACUUUAUGAUAACUACUGUGUUUUAAAUAACUAGAUUAUGACCAAGCUCACUUUGAAAA